AAUACAAAUAAUGAAUGCCACAGUUUUAAAGUUGUUGGGUGAGCGGGUAUAUAUUUAUAAAAUGAUAAAUUAAUAAACUAUUGUAAUGUUAUUCAGAAUAUUGUUUUGCUAAUGAGAUCAUUUUUUCCAUUUUAAAGAGAAGUAACUUACUAUUAAGUCUUAAACACACAAAAAAAGAGGAGUGAUUGGUUGGUGCUUAAAACAUGAUUAUCUUCUGAAAAUAAUUGCUGGGGUAAAAGAAAGGUUGUUUUUAGAAUUUUAACUUAUAUCACUUAAACGUGGAUUUUGUUUUGGUUUGGGAAUCGAGUAACGGAGAAUGUUUGGUUUGGUGUGUGUGUCAGGGCCAGAGAAAAUCCUUGAAAUCUUAUCUUCGAACCUAUGUACAGAAAUAAGGAUGGUUAUUAUGCUAUGCAGGUUGAUUUUUUAACAGCCAACAUCAACAUUAAGUGUGAUGCCAGCUGGAGUUCAGAAGUUUAUGAUAACUUUAAGGAUUAUGUGAAAGGAAAACAGGACUCUUCAACUUAUGGUGAAAGUAUCACAGUAACUCCUGAAAUAGAUUUCAGCUCCACGAUUUCCAAUAUGGAUUUUUCAACAAAGAUACCUUCAGUGUUCAGCAGAAGCUCUAGUACAAGCAAUGAUGUUGAGAAAACCAGAGAUUUUUUUACUAAGGAAAGAGGAUCCAUAGCUGUCUCAGAAGCAGUUUGUUUUACCGAAAGAGUGGACAUAAGUGAAAAAUCACGAAAAAUAUUUGCUUUUACUUUUGAGCUGAAUGUUCUCUUACUGUACAAUGCAUCUUUUGCUGAUGAGGGAACAAAAUUGGAGGCUUUUAAAGCAUUUAUAAAUGAGUUUGGAACUCAUUAUUCAUCAAGCACUGAAAUGGGAACAAAAAUAAGUGUUGAGAGAAGAUACACUGCGGAGGAAAGAAUAAUGUCUGACAAAGAAGAACUGCGUGCCUGUAACACUUUGGUUGGAAGUCAAGUAUUAGGAUUCCAGGCAGAAGUGAGUAAAAUGAAUUGCAGCAAUACCAAUCUCAUGAAUAUGGGUUCAAAUUCUGAUAGCCUGGAGAGAACUGUCAUAUCUACUUUUGGAAGCUUUAUUGCUGAAAGUCUCCUAGAGUGGACUGAGCAAGUAAUAACUCUAGUACAGAACGGAGAUUUUGAACCUCAUGCCAUUAAAAGAAAACUUGUGCCAAUAGAAGACCUUUUUUUAAGAGAAAAUUUUGAGCACUUGAAAGUAGAUGGAAACAAAAUAGACGUUUCUGUUAUCCGCCCUUGGUUCCAAGAAUAUAUAGCAAGGUACUGUGAUAUAUUCCAAAUUGACUGUAAUUUGUCUGGCUGUGGAAUUGAUGACAAUUGUCCUAAACACCAACUUUGUAAGAACAAUUUUAAUAAGACAGUUGGCAAGGAUGGAUUGAGAUAUACCUGCAGAAAUAAGAGAGUAAAAUUAAUUCUGUUCAAUGGACAGAGCUAUAUAGGUGAAGUGAAUAGUCUAAACCAGCCCCAUGGAUCUGGAAAAUUGUAUAGAGAUAAGCUUCAAGAAAUACUGGAAUAUUCUGGCUCCUUCAAAAUGGGCCUAAUGGAUGGUCAUGGGACUUUUUACUACAAGGAUGGGGCAGUACAGUACAUCGGACAAUUUACAAAAGGGAUGAUAAAUGGAUAUGGAGUACAUUACUUUCAGAAUGGUAAAAUUAUGUAUGAUGGAGAGUGGAAAUUUGGAAGUUUUAUCAAAGGAAAAUUGUUUACUGAGGAAGGUGAAUUGUUUAAUGAAUAUUUGUGAAAUGACAAUGAUGAACCUCCUGCUUAGUACAUCUUUAUAAACAAUUGUGAUUAAAUGUUUUUCAGAUUAAAGACAUAAAUGCGAAUAUUAUCAGAAUUGUUUAUUAUAUCGUAUUUCUGACCUUAUAAAUUCAAUAUUUAUGAACAUGAUUGAACAAAUUUGAGACAUGUAACAUCUAUGAAGUUAAUAUAUUUCAACAUUAUUUUAUAAAUACAAAGGAAAAAGAAUAA